AUGGAUACAGAAGGUGUGGCGCUCAUACCUACUGGCGCAGGCGUACGCCAUGUUUUGAUCCGCACUGACCCCCCAUCCUUUUCUCAUCGACAACACACCCCCAGCCGCGACCCACCUCGCCAAGACCCGGGUUCAGGACGAUACAAAGUUACUCAAGUCCGUCCUUUGGGAAAGGUCAUCAGCAACGCCACGAUCUACAUGCUAAUGUCUGACAUGACCCCAAAGGAAAUCUAUUCGGGAAUUCUACCGACUCUCGCACCCUGAUCUCUCACCCGAUCAACUGUACGCCGCUCCUCCCCUCUCUCCCCCGCACCUUACCGCACACUCACUGACGAAUCUAUGAUAAUACAAACACAUGCUCAGUGAAGCAGCCCACGCGACCUUCUUGAUCGGCCUCGACCAACUCUCUCAACAACUCGCCAAACCUAAACGGAUACGGACGGUCACUCGAAUCGAAGUUUCGGGUUAUCAGGACGAUGCUUUGGCAUUGGGUGAGAGCGAGAUCAUUCCCCCCAGAAAGAAAAAAAAAAAAAAAAAAAAAGCGGGAUUUCGCUCUUUUGAAAAGUACUGAUCUUUCUUCGAGGUUCGCAGAACGAACGGCACGGGAAACGAUUCAGAGUAUCGAGGCGUUGAGGACGAGGUUGGGGUUGGCCCAACAGGAACGCGCGAGGAGGAUCGUGAGUACUCUUAUCUUGGGUGAUCACUCAUGACGAUGGUAAGGGAACCCCGCCCCUAAACAUUCGCUUGCACCUCCUCUUUUGCUCCUUGUUCAGGAAUACGACGCCAUCGCGCGAACGAUCAAGAAACUUCCCGACCGAGCCAAAGGCAGCGAGUACGUUGAUCCUAUAAUCCCUUCCCCCUUCAAAACCCACCUCACCCCUUCCUAAACUUCCACAACUCACUCACACACACACACACACACACACCCCCCUCCCUCCCCAACCGAAUUCAGAGCCAUCGCGAAACUACACCAAGAUAUCGCCCUCCUCGAAUCCGAAGAAGCGACCUAUUCCUCCACCUGGGCCCACCGACAGGCCAGUUUCGAUUCGAUCGUUCGAUCUUUGGAAACGAUGUCGGAGGCGAUCAGGUUGGAGAAAUUGGAUCAGGAUAGGAGGAAGGCUUUGGAGGAGAAUGAUGAGGAUGAUCAGGUGCCGAAUGGAGGGGUUCUUGCAGGGGCAGCGGGAGCGGGAGCGGGGGAGGAUUCGAUGGGCAAGGGUGGGGUAUUGAAUCCGAACGCGGCGAGUUUCGAACCGGGUGGGGAAAUCGAUGGAGAGCAGCACGACGCAGAUCUGGAGGAGGGGGAGGAAGGGGAGAUGGGUCAUGCGGGGACAACUCCUUGA